AUGGCCUUUAUGUUGGGGGUUAUUCCGAACAUGUGCUUAAUUCGCGGGAAGAUCUUUGCCGGAAAGUCUUCAUAUGAUUCUGAUUCAGCUUCUUCUUUAACUGUUGCUGCUUCAAAGAAAAUUCUUGUUCCUGGAGGUCCGAGUGAUGGCUCUCCACCUUUGACAGAGGAAUUGGAAGCUCCCGACACUGAUUCAGAGGAUCCUCAGGUGCUAGAGGAUGUAGACAGUGUAACUAUGGAAGAUGAGAAGAUUGAAGAUGAAGCAAUUUCUUCGUUAGAUGUGGGCAGUGUUGAUGAUGAAACACCUAGUCCCUUAAAAGCAACAGCAAGUACUGCUACAAAGACAAUUCCACCACCUGGCACUGGGCAAAAAAUAUAUGAAAUAGAUCCACUUUUGAAGGGCUUCCGGGAUCAUCUCGAUUACCGUUAUGGACAAUACAAAAGGCUGCGUGAGGAAAUUGACAAGUAUGAAGGUGGUUUGGAGGUGUUUUCUCGUGGCUAUGAGAAGUUUGGGUUCACACGCAGUGCCACAGGUAUCACUUAUAGGGAGUGGGCACCUGGAGCUAAGUCCGCAUCAUUAAUUGGAGAUUUCAACAAUUGGAAUAUGAAUGCGGAUGUGAUGACUCGGAAUGAAUUUGGGGUCUGGGAGAUCUUUUUGCCAAACAAUGCAGAUGGUUCACCCGCAAUUCCACAUGGUUCUCGAGUGAAGAUCCGUAUGGAUACCCCUUCAGGUAUCAAAGACUCAAUUCCUGCUUGGAUCAAGUUUUCGGUACAGGCUCCUAAUGAAAUCCCAUACAAUGGAAUAUACUAUGAUCCUCCAGAAGAGGAGAAGUAUGUAUUUCAACAUCCUCAGCCAAAUAGACCACAAUCACUCCGCAUUUACGAGGCACAUGUUGGAAUGAGUAGCACAGAGCCAAAAAUUAACUCGUAUGCUGAAUUCAGAGAUGAUGUGCUACCACGCAUUAAAAAGCUUGGGUACAAUGCUGUUCAGCUCAUGGCUAUUCAGGAGCAUGCCUACUAUGCAAGCUUUGGGUACCAUGUCACCAAUUUUUUUGCGCCUAGCAGCCGAUGUGGAACACCUGACGAUCUGAAAUCUCUGAUAGAUAGGGCUCAUGAACUUGGUCUGCUUGUACUCAUGGAUAUUGUUCACAGCCAUGCAUCAAAUAAUACGUUGGAUGGGCUGAACAUGUUUGAUGGAACCGAUAGUCACUACUUCCACUCUGGGCCCCGUGGAUAUCAUUGGAUGUGGGAUUCUCGCCUUUUCAAUUAUGGAAGUUGGGAGGUUUUGAGGUAUCUUCUCUCAAAUGCAAGGUGGUGGUUGGAAGAAUUUAAGUUUGACGGGUUCAGAUUUGAUGGUGUAACUUCAAUGAUGUAUACUCACCAUGGAUUGCAGGUAGCAUUUACUGGAAACUACAGCGAGUAUUUUGGAUUAGCAACAGAUGUAGAUGCUGUUACUUACCUGAUGCUGGUUAAUGAUUUGAUUCACGGGCUCUACCCCGAAGCUAUUAGCAUCGGUGAAGAUGUUAGUGGAAUGCCAGCAUUUUGUAUUCCUGUUGCAGAUGGCGGUGUUGGAUUUGAUUAUCGCCUGCAUAUGGCUAUUGCUGAUAAAUGGAUUGAGCUCCUCCAAAAAAUGGAUGAGUACUGGCAAAUGGGUGAUAUUGUUCACACGCUGACCAACAGAAGAUGGGGAGAGAAGUGUGUUGCUUAUGCGGAAAGUCAUGACCAAGCUCUUGUUGGUGACAAAACAAUUGCAUUCUGGUUGAUGGACAAGGAUAUGUAUGAUUUCAUGGCUCUGGAUAGACCAUCAACUCCCACUAUAGACCGUGGAAUUGCAUUACACAAAAUGAUUAGGCUUAUUACUAUGGGAUUAGGUGGAGAAGGAUAUCUGAAUUUUAUGGGGAAUGAAUUUGGACAUCCUGAGUGGAUUGAUUUUCCAAGAGGUGUUCAAAAACUUCCAAAUGGAAAAAUAGUUCCUGGGAACAACAACAGUUUUGACAAAUGCCGGCGUAGAUUUGAUCUUGCAGAUGCUGACUAUCUGAGAUAUCAUGGCUUGCAAGAAUUUGAUCGAGCAAUGCAUCAUCUUGAAGAAACUUAUAGUCUGGGCUGUUCUAUUACUAAAUUUAAUCAACUCUUGAUCCAGUUCAUGACUUCUGAGCACCAAUAUAUAUCUCGAAAGGAUGAAGGAGAUAAAGUUAUCGUCUUUGAAAGGGGAAACCUGGUUUUUGUGUUCAAUUUUCAUUGGAGUAAAAGCUAUUCAGACUACCGAGUAGGCUGCUUAAAGCCAGGAAAGUAUAAGAUUGUCUUGGAUUCAGAUGAGUCAAUAUUUGGAGGCUUCAAUAGGAUUGAUCACACCGCUGAUUACUUCACUGUUGACGGAUGGUAUGAUGAGCGGCCCAAUUCCUUCCAACUAUAUGCACCUUGUAGAACAGCUGUGGUGUAUGCUCUAGUAGAGAGCAAGGAAACGAGCAAGGAAAAGAAACCCAUCAAAGGCUGAUUUUUGAUACUAGUAUAGUUCUGGUGCUGAAAUUUCUACAUGUUGCUGCAAAGACGCCGUGUAUACUGGUUAAUAAAGCAAAGAGCUGUUCAUGUGGGAUCAUGCUUGCCAUCUUUGGCAGCUGUGCCAACCCAAGUCAGAAGAAUAAUGUCAUGAAAGGAGUUGCAGAACAUGAGCUUCAAAAAUGAGAAUUAUAGUUCAGACAACCAACCCCCAUGUAGGCAUAUAAACUAGAGUAAUGUCCCAGUUUGUGAAAAAUCCUUCUGUAAUUAUUUUCCAGGUUAAGCUCAGUGACUGCUAGAGAUUUUGCAUUGUAUAGAUAGCAUGUAGCUGAUUUGUGGUCAUACAAUCGAAUAAAUUAUGCAAGUCACUGAAUACUUUUAUUUGGAGAACCCAC